AUGGAGAGCAAAGGAUUGAGGCAAUGGUUAAAGUUAAACCUUGCUGUGAUUGUUUUGUUAUUUAUGAAGGCAGAAGCUGGUUAUGCACCUAUCACUAUUCUCCAGAAUGCAGUUGCAAAAGGAGCAGUAUGUUUGGAUGGUAGUCCACCAGCUUACCAUUUAGUCAAAGGUUAUGGAACAGGAAUUAACAGUUGGUUAGUUCAUAUGGAGGGAGGGGGAUGGUGCAACGAUGUCACUUCAUGCCUUGCUAGAAAGACUACUCGUUUAGGUUCAUCUAAAGAAAUGGUUACUAGUCUUCCAUUUUCAGGAAUCUUAAAUGACAAGCAAGAGUUUAAUCCAGAUUUCUACAAUUGGAACAGAAUUAAGGUUAGAUAUUGUGAUGGUUCAUCUUUUACUGGCGAUGUGGAAGAAGUCGAUCCAAAAACUCAGUUACACUAUCGAGGAGCAAGAAUUUUCGAUGCUGUCAUGGACGAUUUGCUAGCAAAAGGAAUGAAGAAUGCUCAAAAUGCAGUUUUCUCAGGAUGUUCAGCCGGAGGAUUAACUGCAUUACUGCAUUGUGAUAAAUUUCGAGCUCUUUUAUCAAAAGAAGCUAAAGUGAAAUGUCUUCCCGAUGCUGGUUACUUCAUACAUGCAAAAGAUUUAUCCGGAGAACCGCAUGUUGAAGACUACUUCAAUCAAAUUGUUACCACACAUGGUUCUGCAAAGAAUUUGCCGAAAUCAUGCACUUCAAAACUUAAACCAGAACUGUGCUUUUUCCCUCAAUAUUUUGCAUCAGAAAUCACUACACCAAUCUUCGUUUUAAAUUCGCCUAUCGACUCAUGGCAGAUUAAGAACAUUUUUGCGACGAGUAAUGCUGAUCCUAAAAGAUACUGGCAUAACUGCAGGGAAGAUUUAAACCAAUGCACUCCUGAUCAACUAAAUCGAGUGCAAGACUAUAGGGCCGAAUUCCUAAAAGCACUGUCUGUUGUAGGAAACUCUCCAUCCAACGGAGAGUUUAUAGACUCUUGCUAUCUCCACUGCCAAACUGAAUUGCAGCAAUUAUGGCAAUGGAGUGAUUCUCCAUCGUUGGCCAAUACAACCAUUGCAAAUGCUGUAGCAGACUGGUUUCAUGACAGGAAGCCUUUCCAACAGAUAGAUUGUCCGUACCCUUGCAAUCCAACUUGUCACAACCGCACUUCAGAACCUCCUAAAAGCAGUCCAACAUUAUAG